CUAUUUAUACAGCAAAAUUGUUGACAUGCAUGUGCAUUUUUCUAAGCGUGGCAAGGAUUAUUAACAUUUUGGACCGCCAAAGAUGGACAGAAAAAAACAAAAAACAACUCGAUCGGGACCUAUCGAAGCUUCAUCGAAGAAAUUAGAUAAUAGAUUCUACACCAUUCAUGACAAAUCAACUAAAAAGUUUCGUGAUCCACGAUUCGAUGAACAGUGUGGUCAAUUUCGUCCGGAUAAAUUUGAACAAAACUAUCAUUUUCUCACUGACAUCAGACGUAAAGAAUUGGAUGAUUUACGGCGACGAUUGAAAAAGGCAAAAAAUCCCGAAACCAAGGAAAAAAUACGAUUUCUUAUUCAGCGUACAACCAAUCAAAUACAAGCUGAUGAAGAACGUGAACAAACCAAACGUAUACGCCAGAAAUUAACUAAAACCGAACAAGUUGAUCAUUCAGAACAAACAAACGAACCUAAAAGUGAUCAUUCAUCCAAUCGAAAAUUUGUUAAUAAAAGUGAAAUAAAACGAACAAAAUUAUUAGAAAAAUAUAAACAACUUAAAGAAUCAGGUGGUCUACAGAAAUAUCUGGAAAGAAAGAGAAAAAAAUUGACCGCCAAAGAUAGAAAAAGAAUCCCCACAAUUGAAUGAUAUGUACAAAAUUGAUUUAAUUUAUCU